CCCCCCGCCCGGUCCGGACCCCCCUCCCGGGACCCGCGCCCUCGGGGCUAAAGCAUCAAGACCUACAUAAUGGGAGCAUUUUUAGACAAGCCAAAGAUGGAGAAACAUAAUGCCCAGGGCCAGGGCAACGGGCUGCGGUAUGGGCUGAGCAGCAUGCAGGGGUGGCGAGUGGAGAUGGAGGACGCGCACACGGCCGUGAUCGGUUUGCCCAGCGGACUGGACGGGUGGUCUUUCUUUGCCGUCUACGACGGGCACGCCGGCUCCCAGGUAGCCAAGUACUGCUGCGAGCACUUGUUAGACCACAUCACCAGUAACCAGGAUUUUCGAGGAGCCGACGGGCCGCCGUCCGUGGAGAGCGUCAAGAACGGGAUCCGGACGGGCUUCCUGCAGAUUGACGAACACAUGCGCGUGAUCUCGGAGAAGAAGCACGGUGCCGACCGGAGCGGCUCGACCGCGGUGGGGGUCAUGAUUUCUCCCCAGCAUACUUAUUUCAUCAACUGUGGAGACUCCCGCGGGUUGCUUUGUAGGAACAGGAAGGUUCAUUUCUUCACCCAAGACCACAAACCCAGCAACCCCCUGGAGAAGGAGCGCAUCCAGAACGCGGGUGGCUCGGUCAUGAUCCAGCGUGUGAACGGCUCUCUCGCCGUGUCGCGGGCACUGGGGGACUUUGAUUACAAAUGCGUCCACGGGAAAGGGCCGACGGAGCAGCUGGUCUCCCCGGAACCCGAAGUGUGCGAGAUCGAGCGGUCGGAAGACGACGACCAGUUCAUCAUCCUCGCUUGUGACGGGAUCUGGGACGUCAUGGGCAACGAGGAGCUCUGCGACUUCGUGCGGUCCCGGCUCGAGGUGACCGACGACCUGGAGAGAGUUUGCAACGAAAUCGUCGACACCUGCCUGUACAAGGGAAGCCGAGACAACAUGAGCGUGAUACUGAUCUGUUUUCCGAAUGCACCGAAGGUAUUGCCAGAGGCCGUGAAGAGGGAGGCAGAGUUGGACAAGUACCUGGAAAGCAGAGUAGAAGAAAUCAUAAAGAAGCAGGGGGAAGGCGUUCCAGACUUAGUCCACGUGAUGCGGACGCUAGCCACGGAGAGCAUCCCAAACCUCCCGCCGGGGGGGGAACUGGCCAGCAAGCGCAGUGUGAUUGAAGCCGUUUACAAUCGAUUGAAUCCCUACCGAAACGAUGACACUGACUCUGCAUCAACUGAUGACAUGUGGUAAAACUGCCCGUCACCCGUGGAGUUUUUCUUCAUCCUCCAAAUGAGAGGCUCCAUCCAACUUCAUUGAACCCUCUUAACCUCCGCCGUCAGCCGUGUUAAGAGAAGGGGAUGUAAUGUUGGGGAGUGUGACGACACCCGAGAACUACAGCAGUGCAACAACUGGCCCAGAACUGAGUCCUUUUUUUUUUUUUUUUGUAAAAUUGAGAUUUAUGUAAACGUGAUUUCAAACCAUAAUCCAUGUUGUGAAUCAGACUCCAGCAAUUUUUGUUGUAUGAUUUUGUUUUUGUUUUUUUUUUGUAAAGUGCAAUUGUCCUUGUACAAAAUGCUCAUAUUUAAUUAUGAACCGCUUUAAAUCACUAUCAAAGUUAUAAGAAAACGUUUGGCUUGUUGUGUGAUGCAACAGAAUAUAUUGCCCUUUAAAUUCGUGUUGUGGUUUGGAUUUGGGGUGGGGCAGAGGGAAGGAGCAGCACCAGGUAGAUGCUCAAAGCGCACACGAUUAUGAAGACGUAGAUCAUUUCACAGUCCGACCGAGACGAACCCCGAGACGUUAUUUCUCCAGACUGUCCCCGUUCACGGGCCCCGGCUCCCCCCGGGUUCCCCCCCCACCCCGAGGGCCUUCCCUUGUGCCGGUGGCCGCCGCUCUCCGUUGCAGCAUCUACCCGAGGAGGGCGGUCUGGGGGCUCGGACGCCUUGACUCACUGCACCUCUUUUACACGUCCUUCCAUUCAGUUACUAAUCGAGGACGGGGAGGAUGACCCGCUUCCCCGUAGAGUAGGGGUCUGCAGCAUUUUUACUCGUGAUUGGCCGGGCCUGCUGCUGCUGUUCCUAGUUAAAUAUUCUGAAUUCCAUUUUAUCAAUAAAGCUUGAUUUAACAAACAAGAAACUUAAUCAUGUGUAUGUAAUUCCUCUUUCUUAUUUUCCCCCCCUCCCCCUUCUCUCUCUCUCUCUCACUCUCUCACUCUCUCACUCUCUUCCUCUCUUCUAAAAUGCCAUGCCAUUACUAGGAGAGAUUGAUUUUAUAUAUUGGUAUUCUUCCUCACUGGAAGACCGUUUCCCAGUGGACGCCAUUGCUACCCCUGGCAUGGGUGGGUGGCUGGGCUCCCCUCCUGAUAAGGGCUGGAGAGAAUUCCAGCUUCUGUUAUUCCUUAGCCAUUUGUAAAAAUGAGGGUGUUUCAGGUUGCCUAUUUUUCAUUGAUGGGCAUCAGCUUAAACCUGACUACUACUGAAUGAAAAGUCUUUAGGCCUGGCAGAGUUCCACUUUAUGGCAUGCUUGUGUGUGUAUGUGUGCCCCACUUUAGAAAAACCGGAAGUGUUUGCAAUAUGAAACUUAGUAUUUCGGCAACAUUUAACUGUGGCUGGUUAAAAUUUUUCCAAAAGUUAAACAAUUGCAGACAUUGACAUGAAAUCAUUAGUUUUUAUUAGGCUUAAUUCUCUCUGUGUGCUUAUGAAAAGUCCGUUUUUAAACUAACCAAGUUGCAAAACUACUGUUUUCUGCCCUUUUGUAUCCUUGUCUCUUUAGGUGGAGGUUAUUUGUGUGUUCUUAGUUUGUAGCUUAAUCACUCAGCAAGCAGAUUCCCCCCAAGGCAAGUUCUUAAAUAUAAGAUGAUCGUUCUUCCAUUAAUUCAGAAUGAAAACUUGGCCAUUAAAAAUAUUGUUAUAAUAUGUUUGCUACUUUUGUUUUUUUCCUGAUUUUAAAAUAUACACAUUUGUAUACGUACUCUGAAAAUUGAUGGAGGGUUUGGGAAUAGUGGGGAAGAACAUUAAAAGUAUCGCCAAUUUAAGUAAAGUGUAAA